AUGCCUGCCUCUUCAUACCAACAAGAACCAACAUCAACAAGCGCCGAAUCCAACCACAUUCAAUAUUCGACUCUUGAUGUCUUUAUGAACAGAUUCUCGCAAGCGUCUCCACAACAGUUCACCAUUCUAUCCUCCAAUUCCUCCCUCAUAGCCAUCACACUCAAUUACACUAGAUUAUUUGCACAACGUGAUGAAUCUCGGUCCCGUCUCAAGCUCUUUGAAACAUCUAAUCUCCAAGACAUCUCUUCACUGAAUCAUUCGGUCAUUCACAUCUACGUGGAAGAUACCAACGAAAAGUUCAUUGGAGCCGACAAGGACCACAUGAAAUCUGUGAUUUCACACGCAUUCAACGUUCUUUCCAUUCAUCCUUCGAGAGUGAUCUUUGCUCGAAGAUGGUAUUUUGAUUGUAUGGCUGGAAAUCCUUUCCUUGACACACCACAGCAAGCACUUGUGAAAUAUUUAAUCACCACCGAUUAUGAAUUACCAAAAGUUAUUCGGAGAGUUCGUGAGAGUUAUUUGUUGGCACAUGAUAGAUGGUUGGAAUUGAGUGAUUUUACAAUGCUGCCUCUAUUUCCAUAUGAAUUACAAUAUCAAAUUUCGAAUCAAGGUAAUGACAACGUGUCAAGCUUGCAUAAAGAAGAAGAAACUUUGGGAGUUUUGCUGAAUAUACAAUUGACGAACUGUUUACAAAGUAUGACUUGGUGUGCACAAUUCGAUGGUACUAACAGAACUAGUUCGAAGUGCUAUCGGUCACACGAUUAUUGUUGGUUGCGAUUGAUGUCACAAGAACCUUCUCAAUAUGGCAGGUCGAUGUUUUCAUUACAUCCUCAAUUUAUGAAAGCUCUUAAUGAUCAUUGGGUUCGACUGAAUUUCUCUUCCAAAACGAGUUCGGUUCUCAAAUUUAAUGAUACCAUUGCCUCAAGUGUUUUCACACAGUUUGAACAAUUGAAUCAGCAAGCAUUUCGAAGGUUAUGGAUCUCCAAGUUUGACCAACAAGACUCAAGUUUGAAUUGGUAUGCUUUGAAUACUUCAACUGAACUAUUACAUUCGUCACUCACAAACAUCAAGACGGACAUCUUUUUACCCUCUAUUAUUUUUGAAUGUAAAAGUUCAGUUUGCCUACUCGAACCUCCUACCGCCGACAUUUUCUUUUUGAUUCCAGCUGCUAUUUUUUGCGUAUUGCACUUUGUAGGAUUGGCUUUCUUUUUCAACAGACGAUCUAUCAAGGUUCGAUUAUUAUUUCCAUAUUGGGGACCCUUAGCUUGUCUCACUGCUUUCAUUGGUCAUACAGAUUUUGUUGUUUCAGCCUGUGCAACGUUGGGACAUACCAUCCUUGUGGUCGUAGCUUGGUCUACCAUUGCCGUAUAUUGUGUGACUUUAUUGAGAUACUUGUUUUUAAGAAAUAUUUAUUCCAUCUUGUCAUUAACAGAUCAACCUGCUCAGGCUGGAAAAAGAAACAAAGAACAUGAAAACAAAGGUAGUUUUCUGUGCUUGAAUUGUGUACAUGGAGGUUUUCUUCAACGACUGUUCACUGUUGAACGAGUGAAAAAAUUGGCUUCUAAAAGGGUUGGAAUUUUCACAAGCCUAGUGUUAGCUCUUCUGGUGGCGUUGUGUAUGUGGGCGCUGAUACCGUUCUUUGUCACAUUCUAUUUAACAUCAAGCGCCAAUCUAUUGAGGAACAUUUUAUUGGCAUGCUUUGUAGUGAUGGGAAUUUGUGUGGCUUUGCUCUAUAUAGGUGUGGACAUGUAUUUGAAUCGAGACAAGAUUCGAAAACAGGGAGUCCUUCAUUUUCUAUUGCAUGAUGAUCCAUUUUAUAUUCAUGUGGAUAUGAUUUUGUUGUUUAUUAUGAUUGUUGCACUAAUAUUUGUCAUUGUUUUUGAUAUUAUAGCAAUUUCCUUGAUUGGAAAAGUUUUAUGGAUGUUGCUGCCCUUUCUAGCUGCUGGUGGCAUGAUCAUGAUUUUUGAGAUAAUCGUCUUGGUGAAAUCCAAAUUCUUUAAGAGUGUAAAACAGGCUCAAUAUGAGAGCGAUUUAGAAAGGAUGAUUUACGGUGACAACAAUUUAUUUCAACAUUUAAAAUCCUAUGCAGAGAAAGAACUUUCCUUGGAAAAUAUUUUGUUUUUGCAGAAAAUGAUGGACCUGUCUGCUUUGAAUCGACCAAUAAUGAAGAAUAGUCAUUUAGCCAGCAGUGGCAGUUCUUUGGGAGUCAGUCGUGAAAGUUUGAGUAGCAAUACCACCUCGAAUAGUGGACAAUCACCGCUGGUAAUCGAGCGAGGAAGCGACGUGUCCAAUAGUGCUGCAUUGAUGGUCACACUAAUGCCAUGGGAAGAAGUAACGACCAUCGAAGAAGAGUUUUUAAGGCCAUAUUCUAAAUACGAGUUGAACAUUCCAAGUUCGACAAGGAAAGGAUUUUAUGAAUGGUUCAACAAUGAAAAAAAGAAAUUUCUGGAAGAUUCAAGUCACCAUCGAGUGAGUUUAGAUGAAGUGAAAGAAUUAUUGAUGCAGGAUGUCAUGAUGAAUGUGAAAGACACCUUUUUGAGGUUUCAAAACACACCAGAAUAUGCCAAAUGGGAAAGUUUGAUGGAAUUGCAAAAAUCCAAUGCCGUGAUUUGA